AUGUCUGACAAGAAGGAAUUCACUUUCCAAGAGGUAUCUGGCCACAACACCAAGAAGGACCUCCACCUCGUGGUCCACGACAAGGUCUACGACUGCUCCUCUUUCGUCGAUGAGCACCCUGGUGGUGAAGAAGUCCUACUCGACGUCGCCGGUCAGGAUGCAACAGAGGCUUUCGAGGAUGUCGGACACAGCGACGAGGCACGCGAGAUCUUGGACGGCCUGUACAUCGGUGACCUCAAGCGCAUGCCCGGUGACCCCGCCCCCCGCGCCCAGGCUCAUACCUCUUCCUCGUCUUCAUCUGGCUCCGGAGAUUCGGCCGGACUCGGUGUCGGUCUCUACGCUGUCCUCUUGAUCGGUGGUGUUAUCGCCUACGGUGCCUAUCAGUACUUGCAGAAGACAGCCGCCGCUGAGGCGCAGUAG